CUUAUCACCAGUGACUCAAUGCUGUCGACAAAAUACCCCAAUGUACAGGUAAAUCAUUUAACAUCAACACGAAAACGGAUCUUUAAAACAACAAAGCUGCCUUAUUAUUUCCCAAAGUGCAAGUUAAACACAACAGUUGUUGUGUUAUUGUGUGACAUGGUACGAAUUUAACCUACUUUCGUUUCACAUGGAGGACUGACAAAAAGAUUUUAUGCAGAAUAACAAUGGUUCCUGGAGAUGAUAGCUAAGAAUGGCUACACUAUUACUGGUAUCCUGUUUACUGGGUUCAGUAUUCACAUUAUGUACAGCAAAUUCCAUUUCACAACUCUCAACUGUACAGAAGUCUGUUCCAAAGAUCUCAUUUUAUCCAUGUGUAGUACCGACUGUUAGCAAACUCCAAUUUUGUUGUGUGACAGAGAAUAUCCACACAGCCACUGUCCAUUUCUACCGUGAUGGUUCCAACAUUGGAACUAUACAUCAUCACUGUGAUGUAGUCAACCUGUACACCAAUUACAAUGUUUCUUGUAAGUCUUUUGGCACGAAAACUGUGAUAUACUUGGACUUCCUCAGGUUUGACCAUCAGACAGACCCGACAUUAUUUGGUUGCCGGUAUUAUGGGAAGUCAGCAGGAUACAAUCUGUUCUCAUCUCACAUUUUAACAGAAAAUAAAGGUUACCAGUUCACUAAUAUUACCCAGAAUUCUACCUUAACAUGGAACAAUACCAACAACAAUUUUACGAUUGUCAAUCCAGAAGGGGAGAUAAUCAUACAAAAAAAAAAUUCAGUGAUUACUGUUAUUGGAAAUAAAUCAAAAAUAAGUUACUCUGAGGAUGUGGGAAAUUUCUCAUUAAAUUUAUAUAAUACUAAAAAGGAAGACAAUGGAACUUAUGUUUAUGUUACCAAUAGCAACAGUAAAAGAAGAAGUGGGAUAACUCUAGUUGUUCUAGAUAAACUUGAUUUACCUAUUAUACAAAACAUUACCACCAGACUGUCAAUGGGUAAAGUAUGGGCCAACAUGAGUUGUACCGCUGCACAGAAAUCAGGUGCACCUUUAUUCUACAGACCAACUUUUGAAGUAUUAUGGAAAUAUCCCCUUGAUGCCAGCUACAGUGUUAUCCAGAAUGGAUCAAAUUUAAUCCUGGAGGAAGUUGACUGCAGAUCAGACAAUUCACAGCCAUUAUUCUGCUCUGUCAGGGAAUUAAAGGGAAGCUACUCUGACAGUCAACACUUUUAUCCACACACACUCUGUACAUACAAGCCUGUUACAGUUCCGCCACCGUCAGAAGAUGAGAAAAAUGGUGGACUCAUUGCAGGAGUUGUCAUUCUUUCUCUCAUGUGUGCAGUUUUACUCAUUAUAGCUUACUGUGGAAAAGAUAAAGUAAAAAUAUGUUGCCGUAGUAUAUGUGGAGUGUGUAGACGAAGUCCAUUUUGUAUUUGUAGAAAAUGCAUGAAAGAUGACCUUGACUUUGACAUUCAUGAGCCUCGUUUUCAGAUGCCACAUGGUGAUUUUGGUAGACAUGAUGAUCUUGACUGGAGACAGAUCCUUGAUCUGUAUUCUGGAGAACAUCCACCAACAGUACCUCCACCGAGACCAAUGUUAUCCACCCCACGACCAGACCAAUAUCUCCCACCUCCACCACCAAGACCAGAGGCUCUACAAGGGACCUCAUCAUCUGAUAAUACAGUAACAUUUGAAAAUGAUGAAAGUGGUAUAGAUAACCCUGAUUUCCAGGAUGAUGAAGAAACAGAAAAUGGUGAUGACAUCACUGUGUCUGAUGUUAGUACAUUAGGGGCAACAGGGGUUGAUCAUUCUACACUUGUAAGAGAAGUGGAAACAUGUUUAGCCCAUUUAAAGAAGCUGUUGAAUUCUACUGAGAACCAGGUUCAAGUGAGACGAGACAACAUCAUUGAAGAUCUCAUCAAUAUUUACACUGAUCCCACAAUCCUUCAGUCAUAUUUACAUAUCAACGUUUUGGGUGAACCUGGGUCUGACUGGGGUGGGGUCAGCAGGGAUAUAUUUACCUCGUUCUGGAAUGAAGCCACUGCGUUGUACUUCAAAGGUAAUGAUGUACAUGUGCCUUAUUUACCUCCACAUAAAAUGGAGGAGGAGAGAAACUUUCUGUUGAUGGGGCGUAUUCUUGCUCACAGUACUGCAAUUCUUGGCUACAUUCCAAUAUCCAUUUGUAAAAGUUGUAUGAUGGUGACAAUCUUUAAUACAACUCAUAUUGAAUCCAAUACUCUAUUGGAAGACUUUCUACUAUUUGUUGAUCUCAAAGAUAGAAACCUAAUCCAAAGUGCUUUAAAUGACUUCUCUGGUUUAUCUGAAGACCAAAAAGAGGAUCUCCAGAAUUUAUUUUACCAGUUUGAAAUGGGCUGCAUACUUAAAGAAGAGACUUUCCGUGACCAGCUGUUGAAUAUGGCAAGAAAUGAACUUGUUUUAAAACCAAGAUCUCUAUGUGAAAAGUUACGACUAGGAAUUCCAGAAGUGCAUUUUGAUCAAUUUUGGUCACAGAUGACAAUAGAUCAUAUCAGCAUACUUCAUGCAAGAUUAAAACCUACACCUGAAAAAGUUGUCAAAUGUUUAAAAUUAGCCGAACCCUUAAGGUUACUAGACAUGAAGAGGAGAAAAGUUUUCCAGUACUUUAAAGAUUUCAUUGAACAGCUUGGUGACGAAGAUUUACAAAAAUUCCUACAAUUUAUCACUGGACAAAAUUGUGUGCCUAAACGUACAAUCUCCGUCCAAUUUUCUAAUUUAAGUGGUGCUGAAAGGAGACCAGUUGCACAUACAUGUGGCUACUUGAUUGAGAUUCCUGAAGCUUAUGACAAUUAUGCUGAUUUUGAAACAGAAUUUAGGAAUGUGUUACAAUCAGACAUUUUGAGAUUUGAUGUACAGUAAAUUAAGAAUUGUUUUGUGUGGUUUAAUUUAUUUGAGUUGUUUUGUGUUAUCACCAUCACAGCAUAUAAUGCUAUUACACUGUUUUUUCAUCACAUCAUUAUGUAUAGUCCGUCCAGAUCAUGACAUUGUCAGAUUUAUUGGAAAAAUCAUUAAAACUUUUGAUUAAGAGAAAAUUUUCUUUUCUACCUCAAAUUUUCAGAAACCCUAAACCUAGCCCUAACUUAAGUCAGGUGCAAUUAUUUUUUUAUUAUGUUUGAUGCUCAAAUAAUUGAAAAUACAAGCAAUUAAAAAAGCAGAUUUUAUAUUGAUAGUCAAAUUGAUUGUUAAUUCAAGUGAUAUAUAUUGUAUUAAGUUCAGCAUGUCAGAUGAGAGAAAUUGUAUUGAUUAAUUUUCACCCAGCCUCCUAUUUUAGAA